GCCGCCGUCUCUCCAAAGCAGCAUCUCGGAUCGAUCUUCACUAUGCUGUUUCGGUCCUACCUGCCAGGCUGCUCCUUGGCAUGCGACCAACGCGAAGCUUACAGCAGGGACAGUAAUCAGAGUGGUUCCUGUACAGGCAGCGGACGGAAAAGGACCGGCAGCUGCUGGGCUGCCUACCGCCGUGCUGUCAGCUUCGCUUCCUUCCUCGUGCUUGUAGCAAGAUCUCCCCGCGUUGUGACUCUAUGGAAGGCCCACAUGGACUCACAGUCUCCCACAUUCACAGCUCUAGUGACCGAGCUGGGGGCGGUCAGGCAAGCAGAGCCAGACUGCUUUGCCUCCAUGCUGGUGCAGAUUCUCGGGCGGGCCGAGCAGCUGGCUGAGCUGACUAGGAUUCCAGGGCUGAGGGAGAGGGUGAUGCGAGACAGGGCGCAGCAAAUGCCCGUGUUCUUCUUGCUGGGCGUGGCCAUGUACCAUGCCAAGCCCAUCAUGGGUAUUGAUGACUCUGAAGAGUUGGGAGUGGGGCGUUGACAUGUGGAGCCGGGCUGCACAGCCGAGGUUCUGGGAAGACAUGCCCGACCAAGCUGGGUCCGCCAGCGGCUGUGGUAGCAGCAGUGGAAACAGCAGCAUCAAGAGUAUCAGCACGAGCAGUAGUGACACGAGCAUGGGGAGCAGCAGCAUCAGCGG